AAAAACCACGUGGGACGGUGGCAAGCAAGAAAGACCUUCCGGGGCAGCAUGUUGCAAAGGAUAGUGGUGAGGGGCAAGUGCACGUGGGUGGGGCUUGGAGGGUGGGUGCAUCAGGGACUGUGGGUGCAGUAGUGAGGAAGGGGGGGCGGUGGAAGGGGCAGUCCCCCCCCACUCCGAGAGCCAUCCCUUGCAUAGAUUUUUCCUGCCUCAAGCGCCUACUGGAGCUCCCACCCGCCGGUCUCCUCAAAGGCAAGCAGCCGCGCCAGGCUGCGCGGGGAAUGCAAAGAGCCAAGGAAGUGAUCCGAGCCUUGCACCCCACAGCUCCUCUCUAGCCUCCUCUGCAACCUCAGAGGCGGAAUAUGAAGGUGGUGGUGGCAGCCUUUUGCCCCCCUCUCCCAUAGUCGAAGGCCCCUUUAAACUGGAAGUACCAUUUGAAGCUGUUGCGGGGGACAGAUGUUGAAUAGACUUAAUUUGAAUAGACUUUUCAGUUUCCCCCACGCUUCCACUUUUAAUUCGUAUGCACGAGGCGGUUUACAAGAUGAAGCAGCAGCAAAAUAUACAACACCACACACAACAAUCCAUGCAUUUUGUCCAAUCCAUAGCUGUCAACUUUUCCCUUUUCUUGCGAGGAAUCCUAUUCGGAAUAAGGGAAUUUCCCUUAAAAAAGGGAAAACGUUGACAGCUAUGGUCCAGUCCUCGCCAUCUCUUGUUGCUACAACCACUGUAAAAGGAUGUAGCAAGUGUGGGAAAGUACUUUUUAUUUUCUCUUGAAUGUACCACUCCUCAGUUUCAGUGUGGUCACUCAAGAGUUCUAGAGGUUUUUGGGGGAUGGGUUGGGAGUGGGCCGGGGGCAAAGAAUGUCCAUUUUAUUUGGAGCAUCCAUUCAUGAUUCUAUAAACCUGUAUUAUGUUGGUUUUCGGAGCCAGGAAGACUCAGAUGCUUAGCAUCUCCUUAUAAGUAGCCCCGCAGGAUCAGUGCCUGGUCUGUCUCUCUUCAAAGGCCUACAUGUGCUCUUCUCUCUGCUUUGUGGUGCUGCCAGGGCAGUGGGAGGAGAAGGGUCAAGACACAUACUGGCCAACUGCUUAAAGCAAGCCACUUACGGUGUUUAUUGGGGGGUGGCAAAUACUUUUGGGGUGUGCAACCUUAGAGGCGUCCCUUGCAGAAGAAGAAGGAGGUGGGUGUGAAUGGCAGCUCUUAGGGCCUAUGCAGGUUGUACACGGAGGUGAUAGUUUCAUCCUGGUACUGUGACAUUGCUGUGGGCCCUGUAGCACAUCAUUGCUCGUGGCCAGCAAUGAGAACUGGUAUAACAUCUAAGAAGAUGAGGUUUAAGGAGAUGGGUACAUUUAGCCUGGAUAAGAGGAGACUGAGAGGAGAUAUGAAAGCCAUCUUCAAAUAUCUAAAGGACUGUCAUGUACAGCAAGCUUGUUUUCUCCUGCUCUGGAGGGUGAGACUCGAACCAAUGGCUUCAAGUUGCAAGAAAGGAGAUUCCCACUCAACAUUAGGAAUAGCUUUCUGACAGACAGAGCUGUUUUGACAGUGGAACAGACUCCCUCAGAAGGUGUGAUGGGUUCUUCUUCCUUGCAGGUUUUUAAGCAGAGGCUGGAUGGCCAUUUGUCAUGCAUGCUUUAGUAAUAAUAAUUUAUUAUUUAUACCCUGUCCAUCUGGCUGGGUUUCCCCAGCCACUCUGGGUGGCUUCCAGCCGAAUAUUAAAAACAAUACAGCGUUUAAAAACAAUACAGCAUUUUGCUUUAGUUGAGUUUCUUUGCAUUGCAGGGGGUUAGACUAGAUCAGGCUUCCUCAAACUCGGCCCUCCAGAUGUUUUUGGCCUACAACUCCCAUGAUCCCUAGCUAGCAGGACCAGUGGUCAGGGAUGAUGGGAAUUGUAGUCUCAAAACAUCUGGAGGGUCGAGGUUGAGGAAGCCUGGACUAGAGUUGGGGUCCCUUCCAACUCCGUGCUUCUUUGAUUCUAAUCACCAAACGCAAAGUGUUGUCUUCGAAGACAAACUCAUGGGGAUAUAUGCUAGCCUGCCGUGCAGGUGCGACAGCUGGUUGCGCUGUGUGAAGUGUUUCAAAUGCACAAAAAAAGACUGAUGGGUACGUGUUGCUGUUCUCUCAUGAAAGUACACCUUUCCUUGGCUUUCUUUGACCUGGCAUCCCUGCUGAGUCCUUCCACUACACUCACAGGUGCUAAAAGCAGCGUAGUCUCCUCCCUUUCCCUCUGACCAUGAGGGUGCAGUGAUGAACGCGGCAGUGAAUUUGAAAGGGUGUUAAUGAAAAUGCUGCACCUUGAAUGGAGGAGUACAGAGGAGCUGCUGGUGGUUAUUGACAGGGGUGAGUGUUUGUCUGUUUGGUAACUGGCCUUCUCUCUGCCUGCAGCACCCUUUGCGGCUGGGAAGCCAUGUUCUCUCUGUGGCUCGGAGCCUCCACCAGUCUCCCCGGAGUCACAUCCCUCUCAUUCCCAUUGUAGUGGAGCAAACGGUAAGCACAGGGGAGGGUAGGGAGGUCCUCCUCUUUAUCAGCAUAUUUUUGGGAAAGGGAGCAGACUAGGAAUUGCAAAGUCUGAAAUCACUUAUAACAGGUGGUUGUGGCGGUGGCUGGCAGUUAGUGCCAGGCUCAUAGCAGUAAUUUGUUAAGGGUUGUGCUACUUUGCAGGCCCAUCGAUGCAAAAACUGCAGAGACCUAACUACAAGCAGACAGAUUACAUUUAAUAGUAUGCAAUUGCAUUUAAAGGCUCUUAAGAAAAUUUAAGAAUAUGGACAGGGCUUUGUAUAUUGUGCUAGUCUUUUUGCAAUUGGAGGAGGUUUCCUUCUGAUGGCACAAAUUAUUGCCUGCACAUCUUUUAUUAUAUCUCCCUAAGGGUGGAUGAUUUUUUAAUUUUAAUUAUUUUUGGUCGUGACAGUCAAAGUGUCAGGGAUGGAGUUUGUGGAGACCAGAAUCACGGUGCAGCCGUGUUUUAAGUCCCCUAAUUUAUUUAUGACUCUGCCUUCUGUCGAUGCAUGGCUUGGUUUUUAUCAGCAUGCAACUGUUCCAGUGCUCUUAGAACCAUGCUAAAGAAAGCUUCCAGCAAGCUGUUUCCUUCGUAUGAGACUGGAGGUCCUUCCUUCUGAAAUAUGCUCGGACUUUCUUCCUCCACCAGCACCACAUCCCGGGCCUUGGGGGUACUUGUGCUGAUCUUCUCUCUGUUUCAGGGUCGUGGCGAGCGAGCUUAUGACAUCUACUCCCGCCUUCUGAGAGAGCGCAUAGUCUGUGUCAUGGGCCCAGUAAGUACACAAACUCCUUCUGCAGCGAGGCAAAUGGGUCCUCUGACACAGUGUGUCCAUGUGUAAUAACAAUAAUAAUAAUAAUAAUUUUCCCCUGUCCAUCUGGCUGGGUUUCCCCAGCCACUCUGGGCGGCUUCCAACAGAACAUUAAAAACAUGCUGAAACAUCAAACAUUAAAAACUUAAACAGGGCUGCCUUCAGAAGUCUUCUAAAUGUCAGAUAGUUGUUUAUUUCCUUGGCAUCUGAAGGGAAGGCGUUCCACAGGGUGGGCGCAACUACCGAGAAGGCCCUCUGCCUGGUUCCCUGGAACCUUAUUUCUCACAGUGAGGGAACCACCAAAAGACCCUGAGAGGAGGACCUCAGUGUCCAGGCUGAAUGAUGGGGGUGCAGACACUCCUUCAGGUAUACUUGACUUCAGGUAUAUAUUGACUUGAGCAGGAAAUGGGUUUCCUGCAGCAAGGAGUUCCCCUGCUUCUCAUCCACUGCCUUGCAUUCCCCAUCUACAGAUUGAUGACAACGUUGCGAGCUUGGUUAUUGCACAGCUACUUUUCCUGCAGUCGGAAAGCAACAAGAAGCCCAUCCACAUGUACAUCAACAGCCCAGGUGAGAGGCAGCAAAAAGCACAGAGUGACAUCAGAGCAGCUUCCCUACAGAAUCUCCUCUCUCUUACCUUAUCCUUAAUGUCACUUGGGUGGUUAAAAAAAGAAAUGGCUUAAGAAGGCAUGCUGUGCCUAAAUUUGGGGACCGCUAGUGACUUCUCUGUUCCCUCCGUAGGUGGUGCGGUAACAUCUGGACUGGCUAUCUACGACACCAUGCAGUACAUCCUGAACCCCAUUUGCACAUGGUGUGUGGGGCAGGCAGCUAGCAUGGGCUCCCUGCUAUUGGCUGCGGGCUCACCAGGCAUGCGCCACUCUCUACCCAACUCCCGCAUAAUGAUCCACCAGCCGUCAGGUGGGGCACGGGUAAGUCAAACCCUGCUGUUGCUGCUUUCUCUUGCAGGGGCCACACCACCUUCUCUAGCCAGCACCCUGUCUUGAUGCUUCCCUGGGCAAAUUGCUCCCCAGGAUGUGGGACAUAGGGUGCAGAUCUUGUAUUCAUCCUCUGCCUAGGGGACACGGGUGGCGCUGUGGUCUAAACCACUGAGCCUCUUGGGCUUGUCGAUCAGAAGGUCGGCAGUUCGAAUCCCCACGGUGGAAUGAGCUCCCAUUGUUCUGUCCCAGCUCCUGCCAACCUAGCAGUUCAAAAGCAUGCCAGUGCAAGUAGAUAAAUAGGUAUCACUGCAGCAGGAAGGUAAAUGGCGUUUUCGUGCGCUCUGUCACAGUGUCCUGUUGCGCCAGAAGUGGUUUAGUCAUGCUGGCUACAUGACCUGGAAAACUGUCUGCAGUUUUUUAGGCUCCCUCAGCCUAAAAGCAAGAUGAGCGCCUUUGACUGAACUUAACCGUCCAGGUGUCCUUUACCUUUACCCAUCCUCUGCAUUUCCCAGCACUCACUGAUGAGUGAAUGACCUCAGCAGAUGACAGGGUAACAUUUUCCACUGACUCUGGUUCCUGACUUCUAGGGUCAGGCUACAGACAUUGCCAUCCAGGCCGAGGAGAUCCUCAAACUGAAGAAGCAGAUCAAUGCCCUCUAUGCCAAGCACACGAAGCAAUCCCUGGAUGUGAUUGGUAAGAAGCAUCAGAGCCAGAAGGUGGGGCAGGGAGACAAAACCUUGUGUGCCAGGGGAGAUAUCUAGCAUUCGGACAAGGGAGAAGGAGGCCAUAUGCUUGUUCCAGCCUCCAGUUUGGAUCUGUUCCUUCCUUGGACACCACUGUGGUGAGAUGAAGCUUUCUGUUCCAGUGCAGGCUCUGAAGGCACCUGAAGCCAAGCAAGUCUGAGUCUCAUCAGUGUCUGGGUGGAUGGCCACCUGAGAUCCACAUGUAUGUCAACUUGAGUUCCAUGGAGGAAUAAAGGCAGGGUAUAAACCAGAGAAAGGGAACCUGUGACCCUUCAGAUAUGUCAGCCCCAGCCAGUGUGAUGAUAUGAGCUGUGGUCCAACAACAUCCGUAGGACUGCAGAUUCCCUUUGAUGAAAAGGCGAAUAAACAAAUAAAACAAGAAUUCCUUCUGUAAUAACACAAUUUCCUUUUAAAAAUAUAUAUUUUUAAUUCAGAUUUUCCCGUAAGACAGCUAAUUUACAACUACAGAAGAUGCAAAUUGAAUUACUCUUAAAAGUAAUUAUUGGUCCUUAACACCCACAGAGGACAGUAGCUCCUCCCAGCCCUCACCUGGGAUCUUUUUUCUCUCCUCCCAGUCUUUCACCCUGGGAGACUGACAUCUCUCUCUCUCUCUCUCUCUCUCUCUCUCUCUCUCUCUCUCUCCCAGCUCCCUCCCUGGUCAGCCUUGAGAGGUGCUGUCAGAUGAUUAAUUGGGCCGGGGUGGGGUCAGGGCUGGACUUGCGUUUGUGCAUUGAUUCUAUUAUUAUGUAAACAAAUAAUCCUGGAAGACUUAAGUAAGGGUUGAUGGGGUCCUUGCAGUGUCUAGUCAUGGAUGCUUCAGGUGCAGAAUGGUAGUGGAGAGGGAAGUUGGGAUGGAGCAGGGAGACUCUGAAGGCCUCCUGAACUCAGAAGGACUAUGUCCCUGGUAUGUGGGCUCGCACUUUUUGGUGUUUUCCCACGUUUAUGUAUUAAGCCUUUACGUGUCCUUAACCCUCACAGAAGCUGCCAUGGAGAGAGAUCGUUACAUGAGCCCAGUCGAAGCCCAGGAAUUUGGCAUCUUGGACAAGGUGCUUGUUCAUCCUCCGCACGAUGGGGAAGAUGAGCCAGAACUGGUUCAAAAAGAGGCUCCUCCUGCCCCUGCUCCCACCUCUUCCUCAGCUGAACCCUGAGGGAUCAACGACUUCCUCGGAUGCUUGUCGUGUCAGGAAUUAUUUCUGCAGCGCCAGCACUCUGAAGUGAGGACGGUGUUACCUCCCCAGGCUGGUUGGUUGGAGUCCUUGGAAUUGUUUGGGGAUGUCUCCCUUUAGCAGGCCUUUUCUUAGCGGAGGGUCCCACAAGUAGCUGGCCAGCUGUGUUUACAGGAGCUGGUCUCUUUGCCAUUUUCUCCUCAGCUGAUCCAGUUUCCUUCUCGCUCCUCCAGUUGCACCAUUGUAUAAGAGAGUGACGUUUUUAAAUUAAACUUAGACCUCUGAGAUGUGGGUGUUCUUUUUUUCCUUGGUUUUCUAACUGAAAGGCUAUUGGCAGCAGAUCUUGAGGUUCCCUCAACUUAUGGGCCCGUUGUUUAUAUCAGGUAGAAGUCCCAUAGUCCAUAGCAUUGGCUUGUGGGAGAUAAUUUUGCUGGCUGUUGCAGAAUUGUGGCCCGGACAGUUUGCCAAAACAUUAUCUCUGCCAGGUAACCAAGAAGACUGUGUUUCCAACACCUUCCUCAUAGACCUUGUCCUGCCAUCUAGCUCUUCUGCAGCCACACAAUAUGGAGGAGGCCCAGGAUGGUCCACAAACAUCUCUAUGCCACAUCCAUUAAUAAUCAUGGCUUUCAUAGUUCUAGUUACAGGCAGGUAGCCGUGUUGGUCUGCUGUAGUCAAAACAAAAUAAAAAAAUUCCUUCCAGUAGGGUCUGGUGACUUCUGUUUCAGUGUAUCGGAAGAAGUGUGCAUGCACUUGUUGGGGGAGUUUGCUGCUCUGGC